GUUGAUCCGGCUGCGUUUAUAUCGUGUGUAUUAAAUAUUUAAGCGGGGAACACACACUUGCAUAAGCGCAUAACCAUAAGUAUAAGGAAAUUGAUUGGUCCACAAACAUAUGCCUAACGAAAUGAAUCAAUUAAUUUCCUUAUACUUAUGGUUAUGCGCUUAUGAAAAAGUGUGUGCUCCUCGCUUUAAUACGAAUUUUAUACGAAUAUAGUAUCUGAUAUGCGUACCAAAUGCACGAUAUAAAUUAGGUUACUCUAUGUGUAAUAUACUGUAGCAUUAUAGAAAGAAUUGGCAGACAAUUUAAUUUUUCUUUUCGCAAUCUGGAGAUUCUUUAUUGAAUUUUCUGUUGAAAUUUCACAAAUAUAAUAAUAUAAUAUUAAUGUUUCUAUAUAUAUAAGUAUCUUUUAAUCCACUUUAGUUUUAUUUUUCUAUAUCUUUCAUGUGGAAUUUAUAUUGAACGACUUCAUAAAUGAAGGUUAUAUAAAUAAAAUAAUCAUAUAUAAAAAUAAAACAAUAAAAUUAAAAAUCACAAGUUCAAAUCACAGUUCAAAUGAUAAAUAUCAAUUAGUGAAGAAAGAAACCCAAUUGGAACCUAGAUGCGGUAUUUAGAACGGAAUAAUUAUUUAAUAACAUUUAUGUGCAUACAUGUAAUUUACUUUAAAUUCUUAAAGUGUCAGAAAAUGAUGCGCAUAAGUCUAUUAGCUAGAAGCCCAAUACUAAUGAGCAUAUUUCCAUUUGGUAAUGAUACUAAUUUUGAUAAACCUGUGAAUAGCGUGAUGGAGACUGUGAUAGAGCCACUAGAUGAUAAAUUGGGUUGGGAUAGAAUAAAAAAUAUAUUUCGUUUAAACAAAGACGGUAAUUUCACAAAAGAAUUGACAUCUAUCAUAAAUAUAACAAUAUCAGGUACCGUAAUUGGUACAGUCUUAGGUGGUAUGAAUGCAACUAAGAAUACUGUAGAUAAUUUCAUCUCAAAUAAUGAAGCAACAAAAUUUACGAGUCAUUUUGAUGCAAAAUGGCAUCUUCAACAAGCAGUUACAGUAAAUUUUAUAAGAAGAGGUGCAAGAAUGGGAGCAAAACUUGGACUUUUUUGUUGUAUAUUUAGUACUGUAACAACAUGUACAACGACAUAUCGAGGAAAAUUGGCAAUAGAAAAUUAUAUGUUAGGUGGUUCUGUAACAGGAUUAUUAUUUAAAAUGAAUUUAGGACUUCGAGGAGCACUUGUUGGCGUUGGGCUUGGUAGUAUAUUAGGUGGUAUAUGUGGUGGUACAUCGCUUCUUAUUCUUAAAUUAUCAGGAGUAACAAUAGAUGAAGUACUAGAAGCACAACAAAAAUGGAUAAAUUCAAGAGAUGAGAUUCUACAUAACAAGAUAAAGAAGUGUAUGAGUACUGAAUUACCAGAAGUAAAACAGGUAUAUGAAGAAAAUAAAAAAGUACGCUUAAUUCAAGGAAAAGAGAAUAUUGAAGAUCAUAAAACAUAAAUUUAUUAUGUAAAUAAAUCUUGUAUAUAGAUAUAUGUUUCUUUAUUAUUCAUCUAUAAAUCUUGUAUAUAAAUGUGUGCUAUUAUGUGUAUGUAUGUAUGCAUAUAUAUAUAUAUAUAUAUAUAUAUAUAUAUAUAUAUAUAUAUAUAUCUUCAUUAUUUGUCUGUAUCAAUAAUAAUUAAUCAAAAUUUUGCAAGAUAACAAAAUGAUUCAAAAACA